AUGAAAGAAAAAGUUUAGAAAAAAUAUAAGAUUUCAUUUUAUUCUUUAGAAUUAGAAAUUAUUUUAUAUUUGCAAAUAUUCACUAUUUAUUUUACUUUUCAGUAUUAAAUAUCCUAGCUGCGUCUUUUUAAUUUUCAAAAAAUCAUAUGCUUAUUUGUGUAGUAUCUUUUUUUUGUUUUCAGUUUUAUUCAAACAAUUUUAUAAAUUUAUCUCCAUCCUUAAAUUAUCUACUUUAAUUUUUGUUUUUUUUAUCAAUAUGAUCUAAUGAAUUUAAAUUCCUCUUAAAAUUAAUAAUUACUAGAAUUUUUUAAAUACGGCUAAUUGGCCAUCUCGAAUUCCUACUAUAUAUAUUUUUAAGUUUAUGUUUUAAAUACAAAUAUUAAGAUUAAAUAAUCAAUGUUAAAUUAAUUUGUAUGUGAUAUCUCUUCAUAAAACCAAAUUUAUAAAUUAAUAUUUGAUAAUUAAUUAAUUAAUUAUUAUAUUUAUUUGUUCUUUUUAUCCAUUUAUAAUUAAUUAAUUAAUUAAAUUUCAUAAAUUGCUUUUCAAUAUUUUUGA